AUGGAAGGUUCAUCUCUCAUACCAGCACCACUUCACUUUAUUUUUGAUGAAGCUGUUAAAAUGUUUGCAACAUUUUGUUCCUCUAGAAAAGAGAAAGAAGAAAAGAAGAUUGUAGAGAGAAAGUGGAAGAAGCAUUUUCAAGCAAUUGAAAUCAUUUUUGAUGUCAUAAUAAUAAGCAUCUGUUACACUAAUGCACGUUGUAAUCAAAAUAACAUCCUUCAUGUCGCCUUUCUACUUUCAUUUUCUGGUUGGUUGGGCCGUCACGAGAUGAGUUGA